ACAAUAAUCAACAACAGCAUAUGUCAGGAGACUCAGGCGUCCGUCUUUAAAAGUCGCCACUAGCCGACCGUUUAGCCACUUUUGAAUUUUCUCCAACCCUACGGCAAGCCACUGUUGCAUCAAACGGUCAUAUUUUGCUCUAUUCUCUACUGUUCUCUGAAACUCCGAAACCCUAGUGAUAUUUUCGCAGAUUUCUUCAAUAAUUCCUACAAUGGGAGCGCGCAAAAACUCUGGUAACGAUUAUACGGAUCGGCAAAAAUGGAACAAGAUCUUCAACGCUCUUGUACACAUGUUGCAAACGCAACACACACAGCUUGAGUAUCUCGCGACAGAGAGAAAGCUUCUUGAAGAUAGAAUCAAAUCACAGUAUGAACGGUGGUUAUCCGACGUUAAGCUAUUUCAAGAUCAAAUCUCUCAGAUGAAGAGGGAUCUUACUGUGCAAGAGAUGGAAAGCAUGGUUGAGGCAGCGAAGUCGGAUUUGAUUAUAGGUUCGAAGCAAAGAGAGGCUUUUAUGUGCAAGCUUAAGUUAGAUAAUGCAGACAGUGAAUUAUCAGAUUUUAGAGUAUGGUUUGACCUCCUCUCUCACAAGUUGUCUGAGCCAACAGAUACAUUGAAGACUGCUCAGAGCAAGGGCAAAGAGCACCGAAGUAAGGCAAUGGAAAGUGAAUUUAAGAGGCCUAAAAAUGGGAAUAAGAAGCAUAGUUCGGAGAAUAAUCCUGAGAUAUCUGCUCUGUUUUUAGAGAGAAAUUUUGUGUGGAACCAAUAUAACAAGAUGGAGAGCAAUUUGACCGAUCAGUUAAGAAGUACCCGUACCAAAGUUACACAUGCGAAUGAGAUGAUACAGACACUACUGACUAACAUGGAGCAGUUACAGGGGUCAAACACCGAAAAGGAUGAUACAAUUGUAACAUUGAAAACUAGCAUGGCUAAACUGGAGGCCGACUUACUUAAAAAGAAUGAAGAAAUAUCCAGACUCUCCAAUGAAUUGGAAUUGCGAAGUAGGUCAAGAAGUGUCCUUGUGACACCAGUGCUACGUCGGUGCAUGGCAGAACCCAGGAAAUCUUUUCUGGGAAGCAAGAGCAGUGGGUUUGAUGAAAAAGUAGUUACGAAGAAAGAAUCAUAUUAUUCAGAAGUCUCUGAAAAGGGACGUAGAAGUUCAAAGAGAAAAGCAAUCAACAGAACUCUCACUCCAGAGGCUACAUUGUUCUCCUCAACUUUUAAGCCACCAAAAUUGAAGAAAUUAUCCCCGCGUGGUGGUAUUUGAUCUCCUCCUUGCUGUUUAUCAAAGAGAGCAGCCGUAUAUGUUUCUCAAGCUUCACAACUGCUUAUGUUUUACGUCUAUUGUUUUUUUUUUGUCCUGGAUGUCGUAUAAAUUAUCAUGUAAUCACAAGAAAAAUGACAUAUGCUCAUCCUAACUUCAGUGUAUAUCUAUUUUUAAUAGAGCUUGCUGUUUUAAUGGAUGCUAGUGAAAGGGCAGCCCAAAAUGCUUGGGUAUGGUAGUUCUUUUAUUAAGGAAUUUUUUAUGAUGUACCAUUUUCCCUUUCUGAAGGAUUGGUAUUUGGUAUGCAUCGGUG